UGGUAACCGCUACGGAGAAGAGAUUUGAGGAGGAACUGAGGCAGAGAGCAGGUGAAGUGGCCCGGCUCGUUUGGGCUGUUUCGCGGUUUCAGCCCAGGGUUUGAUGUUUUAGAGGCAGCUUGUUUUCUGCCCCAGCGCGAGAUGGGAAAGAAGAAGGACGAGCCGAGCUCCGAGUACGGUGAUCCAGCCCAGUAUGACCCCACAUUCAAUGGACCGAUUCAUAAUAGGAGCUGCACUGAUAUCAUCUGCUGUGUGCUCUUCAUGCUGGUCAUCACAGGGUACAUGGUGGUAGGAAUUCUGGCAUGGCUGUAUGGAGACCCCCGCCAUGUGCUGUACCCCCGAAACUCCACCGGCAUGUACUGUGGAAUUGCACCCAACCAUGAUAAGCCGAAUGUUUUUUAUUUUAAUAUUCUCCAAUGUGCCACUGCUACCAACAUCAUGGCUGCAGCGCUGCAGGGUCUGCAGUGUCCCACCACUCAGAUCUGUGUGAAGUCGUGUCCGUCGGACUUCUGGUCGCUGAAUCCUUUGGCAUAUCAACCAAAAGCAAAUUUAUCCCAGUAUUUUAAUCAGGAUCUUUGUGUUCCCUGGCUCGACCUCAGCACAACCAAACUUUCGGCCUCAGAGAUCAUUUCAAAGGAGUUUUGUCCAUACUUCUAUACCCCUACUACCUCAGUUCUGGGAAGAUGUUUGCCAAGUUUAGGAACGUCAUCAUACGAUAAUAUUCCGCCUGGCUUUCAACUUCCUGGCCUGACUACAAAUCAGACUGUGAACAUGCUCAAGAACUCCACGAGUGGAGGACUGUUGUCUGCUGAUAUGAUGAAUAGCUUUAACGCCAGAGACGUUGGAGUGAGGAUCUUUGCUGACUUCGCCUCGACGUGGCAGUGGAUCGUACUUGGGUUGGUGAUUGCUAUGUUGGCCAGUCUGCUGUUCCUCCUGCUGUUGCGGUUCUUGGCGGCUAUCCUAGUGUGGGUUCUGAUUAUUGGGGUUCUGGCAGUGGGAGCGUUCGGGAUUUGGUACUGUUAUAAUGAGUACACGUUGCUGGCCAACUCCCCUGUGACCUACAAUAACGUGGGCUUCACCACCAACGUCAACGUUUACCUGCAGAUCAGGGACACCUGGCUGGCCUUCUUGAUCAUCCUGUGUGUGGUUGAAGGACUUUUGUUGUUGAUUCUGAUUUUCCUGAGAACCAGAAUCCUCAUAGCGAUCGCCCUCAUUAAGGAGUCCAGCAAGGCAGUGGGUUACAUGAUGUCCACGCUGUGUUAUCCGAUCGUGACCUUUGUGCUGCUCCUCGUGUGUGUUAGCUACUGGGGGAUCACUGCCCUAUAUCUGGCCACGUCUGGAGCUCCAGUGUACAACGUUGUUGCUCUGAACGCGUCUCAGGGAGACUGCCGCAGCAUCACCGGCAACCAGACCUGCGACCCACUGGCUUUCAACAGUACCCUGUACCCCACCUGCCCCUCGGCUCGCUGUGUGUUUAUAAAGUACAACACUGAAGGCCUGUUCCAGAGGAACAUCUUUAACCUUCAGAUUUAUAACGUGAUCGCCUUCCUCUGGUGUGUGAACUUCGUCAUCGCUCUGGGUCACUGCACGCUGGCCGGAGCCUUCGCCUCCUACUACUGGGCCUUCCACAAGCCUGCAGAUAUCCCGGCAUGCCCUCUGGUCUCCUCCUUCAUGAGAGCACUACGGUAUCAUGUGGGUUCGCUGGCGUUUGGUGCUCUAAUUCUCACUAUUAUCCAGGUGGUCCGCAUCAUUCUGGAAUACAUUGACCACAAGUGCAGAGCUGCUCAGAACCCCUGUGGUCGGUUCCUGAUGUGUUGUCUGAAGUGCUGUUUCUGGUGUCUAGAGAAGUUCAUCAAGUUCCUCAACAGAAACGCCUACAUCAUGAUCGCAAUAUAUGGGAAAAACUUCUGCGUCUCAGCCAAAAACGCCUUCCUGCUGCUCAUGAGGAACAUUCUGAGGGUGGUGGUUCUAGAUAAAGUAACAGAUCUGCUGCUGUUCUUUGGGAAGCUGCUGGUGGUCGGCGGAAUCGGUGUGCUGGCAUUCUUCUUCUUCUCUGGUAAAAUCCAGGUUCCAGGUUCCCUCUUUCGGGCUUCAGAGUUAAACUACUACUGGAUGCCCAUCAUAACGGUGGUGGUGGGAGCAUAUCUGAUCACUCACGGAUUCUUCAGCGUCUACAACAUGUGUGUGGACACACUCUUCCUCUGUUUCUUGGAAGAUCUGGAGAGAAACGACGGCAGCGCUGAGAAACCGUACUACAUGUCCAAGAACCUGAUGAAGAUCCUCAACAAAAAGAACAAACAGCCAAAGAAGUGACCGACGACAGUGAGGUGAAGACCACGGUUAUGAAUGAUGAUGCAGUUAGACAUCGAAACAAAGACCGUUACAGGCGUUUACUCAGGCUACACUGCACUUGUACCUCCAUAUACCGGAUCACUGAGGCUGGAAGGCGCUUCUAAAAUAUGAAUAUUAAUAUUAAAAAAGAUUUUAAUCACUUGCAGUUACUGAAACACACAAUCACCUUCAGGCUUUAUGUUGUGGUUCAUCUUUAUUCCUGCUCACCGUUCCAUCGUUAAUGCAGUGAAAUACAGUUGGAGGUUUAGAAUUUGCGAGUAAUGAGUGUUACAGCAGGGGGCGCUACAAGAGAAAGCAAAAUCUCUCGGUUCUACUAGAGAACAGUUCUACGAGCACACCUUCUGUUUAGUCUUAUUUUCUUCACCUAAUCAACUUGAAAACCUCACAUGCGACCAUAUUAGAGAGAACGCCUGGAUUUACAGACGUGAUUGCUCGUCUAGCGCCCCCUAGAGUACCGAUAUUUAAACCACCAUAGCAAUGCAAGAUUGAACCUGAGCAAACGGUGCAAGAAAUGACCAACAGGGAGAACAUUCAGCUUCUCUGCCCAACCCCAACCAUCUCAGAACAACGUUGCCUUCAUAUUUUCAAGACGUUUUUAUUUCAUUAACGUUGCCAUUUGCAUUCACGCGCUUUUGAGGUGUCGGCCAAAAGUCUUCUUCAUGGAGUUUUCUUCAGAGCCAGAGCUCCUUAUUUACUCCUCCAGUUCAUGUCUUUUACAUCCCGAUGGAAACCAAAAGACACGGCCGGUGAAUCGAAUUCCGAUUCAGGCCGUUUUCUUACCUUGUUUAUGUGCACAGCUCACUUUUAUCUCCACUGAUGGGCCAAAUAUUCCUGAUGGACUAGCUCUGCAUUUCGCUGGAUUGUUUUUGCUGUAUUGAGAUGUAUGGCACUCGAUUUAAAGUCCUUUAUUUACAUUUUGAUGUUUGAGUUACUGAAUGUAAUAUUGUGCCUUUACAAACCCUUUAUUUCCAGUUUCUUCUGUUUAUUUUAUACAAAUGAAAUUUAUUCAAUAAAGCCAAGAAUUUUUUUAAACCACCGAAUUUGCCAGAACAAAGUUUUAUCUCUGGAGAUUUCCGGCCCUGAAUCGGAUGUGAUGAACGUGAACUUGCCAUUAAAGCUUGUAAUCAGAUGAAGUGCCUUUGUGAUCUUCUCUAUUUAUGUAGUUCUAGCUAAGAGUCUAUUUAAUAAAAAGCUGAACAUGAA